GCCCCGCCGGCGCCCCAGCCCCAGCCCCGGCCCCGCCGCGGCGCUCUCCGCCUCCCCGCUAGCACAGCCGGCGGCUCCGCCCGGCUGCCGCCCGGCAUGAACAUCAUGGAUUUCAACGUGAAGAAGCUGGCGGCCGACGCAGGCACCUUCCUCAGCCGGGCCGUGCAGUUCACAGAAGAAAAGCUUGGCCAAGCAGAGAAGACAGAAUUGGAUGCCCACUUGGAAAACCUCCUUAGCAAAGCUGAAUGUACCAAAAUAUGGACAGAAAAAAUAAUGAAACAGACUGAAGUGUUAUUGCAGCCAAAUCCAAAUGCCAGGAUAGAAGAGUUUGUUUAUGAGAAACUGGAUAGGAAAGCACCAAGUCGCAUAAACAACCCAGAACUAUUGGGACAGUAUAUGAUUGACGCAGGGACUGAGUUUGGCCCGGGGACAGCUUACGGCAAUGCCCUUAUUAAGUGUGGAGAAACACAGAAGCGAAUCGGAACAGCUGACAGAGAGCUAAUUCAGACAUCAGCCUUAAAUUUCCUCACUCCUUUAAGAAACUUUAUAGAAGGGGAUUACAAAACAAUUGCAAAAGAAAGGAAACUAUUACAGAAUAAGAGACUGGAUUUGGAUGCUGCAAAAACAAGACUAAAAAAAGCAAAAGCUGCAGAAACUAAAAGUUCACAACUAAACUCCGCCCGCCUUGAAGGAGAUAACAUUAUGGUAAAUUUCUCUUACAUGCUCAACUUCCUGCAUGUAAAAUGGCUGAAGAUUUGGGCAGAGGAAGUGACAAAAUCUGAACAGGAAUUAAGAAUAACUCAAAGUGAAUUUGAUCGUCAAGCAGAGAUUACCCGACUCCUGCUAGAGGGAAUCAGCAGUACACACGCCCAUCAUCUCCGCUGUCUGAAUGACUUUGUAGAAGCCCAGAUGACUUAUUAUGCACAGUGUUACCAGUACAUGUUAGACCUACAAAAACAACUGGGAAGUUUUCCAUCCAAUUAUCUUUCUAACAACAAUCAGAGUUCUGGGACACCUGUGCCAUCUGCGCUGUCAAAUGCAACUGGUCCCUCUCUGGCCCCAGUGGGUAGCCUAAUAAUGUCCUCUCCUUCCAACCUCAAUGACCUUAAAGAAUCAAACAGCAGCAGAAAGGCCAGGGUUCUCUAUGAUUAUGAUGCUGCAAAUAGUACUGAGCUGUCACUUCUGGCCGAUGAGGUAAUCACUGUGUUCAGUGUCAUCGGAAUGGAUUCAGACUGGCUCAUGGGGGAGAGAGGAAAUCAGAAGGGCAAGGUGCCGAUUACCUACUUAGAGCUUCUCAAUUAACCAGGGAGGCCGCGGAAGAUUACCAUCGUGACGCCAUAUUUAUAUCGAGUAACUCUGAAACAGGUUCAAGUAUCUUUCAUGUAAUGUUAUAAGAGACUGAAAAAGAAAUAUUAGAAGCCAUCAGAAACUGGCCAUUCUGCCAAUAAAAUUGCAUGGUUAAUACUUCAUUACAGAAUCUAUGUUAGCAAUUUCAUGACAAGACUCUUUUCUUAUACAAUUCUUUCUACUGAGGUUUCACUAACAACUUCUACUUUUGAACCCAAACUUAAAAGCAAAAGGAUUGUUUUCUACUGAAUUUUUCAUUAACGGCAAGCUUUUUCUUUUAUGCAAAUAAAUUUAUCGUGCAUGAUACCAGUGACUCAUUUAUUAGGUACAAUAGCCAAAGAAUGAAGUAAAAUCUCAUUUUUACCUUGCUGCUCAGUAGGAAUCGGAUGACUUAAACACUAUGCUUUAGUAGGGUCUCUUGGCUUUGGAGUUUUGGGUUGAGUUGGAUUGAGUUCAGUUUAUUUAUGUUUUAAACACUACUGGAUAUUUUCUUUUUAAACCUGAGUCCUUGAAAAGUAUUACCUUAUUUCAUAAUGUUAAGGUUACAGAACACUGGGGACAAAUUCAUUCACUCAGAAUACUCUUAAGAUUAUUCAGUUGCCACAGUUUGAUGCAUAAUUAGAAUUGCAGCCAUUAAAAACAUACUACACUACGGUAAAGAUUUGUUGUUGAACAAGAAAUGUGUGAAUAUGUAUAAAAAUACGGAUUAACACAACAGCAUUCAUUACAGGGGAAAUCACAGGCAGUGAAUGUAGUUUAUAUUCAUCAGGAUC